AUGUCGGGUAAAGCGGAUCUAAUUCAACGCGAUGAUUACAAUGUUUCGCAGAGUGAUGCUGGAGCUAUGCCGGUCUUGACACAGGUCCCUACCUCGGUGACGCUGUCGGCUGAGCAGUUUGAGAAGCUCUAUCUCAGUCCUAUGAUGCAUCGUCAGCCGGCUCUUGCGAAGAACCUUGGUAACCCUACGCCUCUGGGACUUGGAGCUUUUGUAGUCUCAGCUACACCGAUGGCAUGCUGUUUGAUGGCCUGGAGAGGUGCUGGUGGAGGGGGCGCUGCCUUCAGUGGUAUUUUGAUCUUGUUCGGCGGCCUAAUUCUGGUGGUCUCGAGUAUUUUGGAAUUCAUUCUUGGUAACACGUUCAGUUCGGUGGCGUUCGGUCAUUUGGGUGCUUUCAGCUUGGCGUUCGGUGCAAGCAUGACGCCCGCAUUUAACUCUGCCGCUCCUUACUCCCCAGAUGGAACAAGCACAUUGGCGGGUCUCCAUAGUGCCGGCUUUGUGAAUACCUUUGCAUUCUUCUUUUUAUUCAUGGCAUUACUUAUGGUGAUCUAUACAAUCUGUGCGAGUCGUAUAAAUCUGCUAUUCGUUAUAGUCUUUCUCAGUCUGGUCGUGACAUUCUCGCUCCUGGCCGCUGCGUACUGGAAAAUUGGUACCGGGGAUGAAGUGACGGCUAACCGCCUGAGUGUGGGUGCUGGUGCUGCUUUGUUUGUGGCGACGAUGAUGGGAUGGUGGCUGUUGACGGCCCAGUUGCUUGACUCGGUUGGAUUCCCUCUUUCGUUGCCUGUUGGUGAUUUGAGUGGAGUUUGGCUUCGUGUUCAGAGACAGUGA